AGGUUUUAAUGGUAGAAUCGGAGAACAGUACUAAUGGAUCUGCAAAAUUUGAGGUCAUCGAGCACCGGUUCAAUAAGUAUUGGCAGAAUAAUGGUGGUCCUUCCAGAGAAGCAUUGUUAACAGAACGAAGUGGAAUGCGCAUGGCUUGUGACCGAAGUUACAUCUAUGUGCUCGGUGGUUUCUCACCUUUGCUAGAGACACUGCUUGCACAGGAACUUUGGCGUUUCAAUAUUUUAACAGAUACCUGGGAACUAAUGUCUAUACCGGAAAAGGGUUUUCCCGAAGAAUUGGCGUCGUUUGCUAGUUGCUUUUUCGGUGAACCCAUUCUAUCCGAAUUUUAUAUAUUUGGUGGAACCGCAGUUCCGUUCGGUACAAGAGCUUCUAAUUCAGUCAGCUUACUCAAGCGUGUACGGAAUGGAAAUUUUAUUUGGAAACGGCUGAAAACCAUUGGUGAUAUUCCCGUCAAGCAGUAUGGUUCAUGUCUUGUGCAUAAUAAUGGGAAAUUCUAUGCGUUUGGUGGAACAACUGGAUGGGAAUAUAAUUUACAAGUUCGUAGCUUAGAACCUGAAUUCAAUGGCAAAGAAGAUGAGAGAGACGAACUAGAACCAGUUCACUGGCGAUGGACGCUUCUUCAUGAUGGAUCAGAUGUCAAUGGCCGAUAUAGACAUGAAGCUGUAGUCGUCAACGAUGAAAUAAUACUUAUAGGUGGUGGUACUCCGGAAUGGACUUCACCUCUUAUAGAGUUAUUAGUAUUCAAUACAUCGGAAAACAAAUUUCGCACCCAAAUGACCUUACCUGACAUAAAUUAUGGAUAUCCAGUAGGUCGAUUAUACUACGGUUGCGUAAAAUUUGGCAAUAAUGCUUACAUUCUUGGUGGUUGUACAGAAAAGUCAGUAAUACACCAGUUGGUUGAUCAAAUAGUUUUGCGCCCCAAAUUGCUUCAAGAUUGUUGGAAACUUGAUUUGAAGGAGUGGUGUUGGACAUUGCUGCCUGGCCAACUAAAUCAGCAAAUAUGUUUCCAUGCAGCUACCGUUACUCCAGAAGGUUGUGUAUAUAUUUUUGGUGGUACCACGGAUGAAAAGUUCGAAAGACGGACAAAUCAGCUCCAGAGAUGUUGGAUCACACCGCCGAGCUUGUUUUACAUCGCUGCACGUGCUGUUGUUAAUGCGUACCCUGAUCUUUCUAAACGUUUUCAUGACAUAGCAUUAACAAAUAUUUUUGAUUAUUUAUCUUCAAUCUGUUAAAUUUAUCUUCUCAUCCGAUCACUAAUCUAUCAUCAUUCUGGAUUUUUGCUCAGUUUUUCAUGUCAUAUCCGACUGCUACAUUGAAGAUACCAUAUUCAGUCCCGUGUAAAUCAGAAUACAUUUGCAUAAUUCUAAAUGUUAUUGUUGAGUGGUUACUAAGCAAAUUAUUUGUAUUCUACACAAAUAAUAUUUAAAAACGAAAAGCACUUCGGAA